UCUUCCUCUGUGGAUGAUUACCCAGUGGACACCAUUGCAAAGAGAUUCCGCUAUGACUCAGCUUUGGUGUCUGCUUUGAUGGACAUGGAGGAAGACAUCCUGGAAGGCAUGAGAUCCCAGGACCUUGAGGACUACCUGAGCGGCCCCUUCACGGUGGUGGUGAAGGAGUCUUGUGAUGGAAUGGGAGACGUGAGUGAGAAGCACGGGAGUGGGCCAGUAGUUCCGGAAAAGGCGGUCCGUUUUUCAUUCACGAUCAUGAAAAUCACCAUAGCACAGGGCUCGCAGAACAUGAGCGUGUUUGAGGAAGCCAAACCUAACUCUGAGCUGUGCUGCAAGCCUUUGUGCCUCAUGCUGGCCGACGAGUCUGACCAUGAGACUCUGACUGCCAUCCUGAGCCCUCUCAUGGCUGAGCGGGAGGCCAUGAAGAGCAGUGAACUGAUGCUUGAGGUAGGCGGCAUCCUCAGGACCUUCAAGUUCAUCUUCAGGGGAACUGGAUAUGAUGAAAAACUUGUCAGGGAGGUGGAAGGCCUUGAGGCUUCCGGUUCGGUCUACGUUUGCACUCUUUGUGAUGCCACCCGGCUGGAAGCCUCUCAGAAUCUCGUCUUCCACUCUAUCACCAGAAGCCACACCGAGAACCUGGGACGCUACGAGGUCUGGCGUUCCAACCCAUACCACGAGACCGUGGAAGAGCUGCGGGAUCGGGUGAAAGGGGUCUCCGCCAAACCGUUCAUCGAGACAGUCCCUUCCAUAGACGCACUCCACUGCGACAUAGGCAACGCGGCGGAGUUCUACAAGAUUUUCCAGCUGGAGAUAGGAGAGGCGUAUAAGAAUCCCAGUGCCUCCAAAGAGGAGAGGAAAAGAUGGCAAGCCACGCUGGACAAGCAUCUCCGGAAGAAGAUGAGCCUGAAGCCCAUCAUGAGGAUGAACGGCAACUUUGCCAGGAAGCUCAUGACCAAGGAGACGGUGGAGGCCGUCUGUGAGUUGAUACCUUCCGAGGAGAGGCACGAGGCUUUGAGGGAGUUGAUGGGCCUCUAUCUGAAGAUGAAGCCCGUGUGGCGGUCAUCGUGCCCGGCUAGAGAGUGUCCAGACUCCCUCUGCCAGUACAGCUUCAACUCACAGCGCUUUGCAGAGCUUCUCUCUACCAAGUUCAAGUAUCGCUACGAGGGCAAAAUCACCAACUAUUUCCACAAGACGCUGGCGCAUGUCCCUGAAAUCAUCGAGAGGGAUGGCUCGAUUGGGGCUUGGGCCAGCGAGGGCAAUGAGUCUGGCAACAAACUGUUCAGGCGCUUCCGGAAAAUGAAUGCCAGGCAGUCCAAGUGCUACGAGAUGGAAGACGUUCUCAAACACCACUGGCUGUACACCUCCAAAUACCUGCAGAAGUUUAUGAAUGCUCACAAUGCCUUAAAAAGCCCCGGGUUUGCUGUGAACGCACAGGCCAGUUUAGGGGAACCCUCAGGCAUGGAGGACUCUCUGGAAAGCCAGGAUUCAAUGGAAUUCUAA